AUAUUCUACCAAAAUAUAGUAUACUCAGCAAAGAUUUUUGGACCACGCUGCUAUACUUUCAUAGAUCUAACACACAUUUUAAUGGUGUAACUAUGAACAAAAUAAAAAUUAGAAAACUAGACGAAAACUACAUGGUUUGGAAUGCAUCAGAUAUUAUAGAGUUGAGAAACAAACAUAGAAUAGUUGGCAGUCUAAUCGGAUGUUUACCUCGCAUACCUCGUCAAAAUCAACAAUUAGGAAGGCCUCUGUUGCUUCUAAGAGAGGAGGCUGCUUUACUAAUAAAAAGAGAUAUUUGUCAAGUUCUGAAAGAAAUUUCAGAACCAACCAAUCCGGAUGACAAAGAGAUCGAAGAAUUCAAGAUCAAAAGGGAUCAACUGUAUCACGAGCAAAAUAUUUUGGCAAAGGAAGAUAGAUUAAAGGAACUUGAAAAACUUAGACCAAGAAUUUACGAGGGUAUGAAAAGAAAGGCUAAAAAAGAUUCAAACAUUAGUUCGGAAAAAUUAGAAGAGAAUGUUAACGAAAAAAUGAAAAAUUUAGAAAAACGGAUUGACAAUUUACCAGAAUCAGCUCAAAUGCUUCAAAUUCCUACAGCUUGUACAAGGUUAAUUGAAGCUCCAGAAGAAAUAAAUACUGUUGCAAUCACCGACAAACUGGAUGAAACUAAAAUUAGGGUUUUCGAAGAUCUUCACGAUAGAGGAUACUUCCUAACUAAUGGUUCAAAGUUUGGCGGAGACUUCCUAGUUUAUCCAGGCGAUCCGUGUCGUUAUCAUUCACAUUACGUUGUAAUCUGUUUGGAAAAUCAUGCCAAAAUAUCACCUCAACAAUUUUCAACCUAUUCCCGUUUAGCAACUAUCGUUAAAAAGACAAUUUUAUUAUCCUACCUUAAAGACGACUAUACAGUACACUAUAUAUCAUUAAAUUGGGCUGGAAUAAGCUAA